AUGGUGGGCAUCUUAACAUACAACAUUCACUCUGGCGUUGGCACUGACGGCGCGUAUGAUUUGGAGCGGGUUGCUGGCGUCAUUAGAAGAUCCAAAGCAGAGAUCGCGUGCCUCCAAGAGGUGGAGGUUAACAAGAAACUCAAACGUGCGCGGAGAUGGUCGGUAACGCAUGCCGAUGACCAGGCGCAGGUGAUCGCCGAUGCCUGUGGCUUGGCGAACUAUGAGUUUACCCCAACUCUGAAAGCAGCCUUUCUGCAGGCCACCUGCACGGGUGGUGAAGUACUGGUUGCAUCUGAUGAAGCCUCAUACGGGCUGGCGACAUUGACAAGGUUCCCUAUUCUUGACAGACGGCGACUCAUGUUCCACCGUUGUGAUGGGGACAGGGCGAGUAGCUUUGAGUAA